AGACAAAAACACACCACCUUGCAGCGACUCAGAGCACGUUUCCUCAGGACGUGUCCUCAUCUCUUUUUUUCUUUUUUCCUUUUUUUGUGUUAUAAUAAUCUUAAUCAUCUUUAAAAUCCCAGUUAAGAACUUAAAGGCGAAGGCCAAGGGCCAAGGCUGUUCUACUUCUAAUGUAAUGACAAGAAAUAUAAUUGAACAUGUCCAGGCUUGCAAGAACUACUGUGAUCAUAUAAUUGCCAGCUACACCAUUUACGCCACAUUUUUUUAAAGCAUGAUUAGACAACGUUUUUUAUAAUUAGAUGACAAGAUUUGCUUAGAAUAUAAAACAAAUUAGACAGAAUAAGGUUCAAAAGGGGGAACCAAAACAAAAGGGCGAUGAAACUAACCUUGAGCGAUGGAAUUAAAGGCCCACCAAUUACCCCCAAAAAUAAAAAAUAAAAAAAACAUUGUGUGAUUUGCUCAUUGGCUACUUCGAUCUCGUAUGCUUAUCAUGCACAAUAAUUUAUGAUUGCCACAUCUUUCCAUUAUCUGUUGUAGACCUCUUUCAAACCCAAGACACUGUUAAACCUUCUAACAAUGACUAGUGAUCUCCCUGAAACACUGGGCAAAACCAUCCCAGAUGCGUGGGACUACAAGGGCCGGCCAGCCGAGCGCUCAAAAACUGGUGGCUGGGGCAGCGCUGCCAUGAUUCUAGGGGGAGAGGCGUGUGAGAGGCUUACUACACUAGGAAUCAUUGUUAAUCUGGUGACUUAUUUGACGGGUACUAUGCACCUAGGCAAUGCUACCUCUGCCAAUACAGUCACUAACUUCCUCGGAACCUCUUUUAUGCUGUGUCUGCUUGGUGGCUUUAUCGCUGACACCUUUCUUGGAAGGUAUCUCACCAUCGCCAUCUUUGCCACCGUGCAAGCAUUGGGUAUAACAACCUUGACCAUCUCAACCGCAGUUCCAAGUUUCAGGCCACCGAAAUGCGUAAAAGAUACCGAUUGCAUUCCUGCAAACAGCAAGCAACUAACAAUUCUAUACUUAGCCCUAUACAUGUAUGCCCUGGGCACCGGCGGUCUUAAAUCCAGUGUCUCAGGCUUUGGUUCGGAUCAAUUUGAUGAGACAGACGAUAAAGAAAAAAAACAAAUGGCAAGUUUCUUCCAUUGGUUCUUCUUCUUAAUAAACAUUGGCUCACUGAGUGCAGUUACAGUUCUUGUUUACAUACAAGAUAAUGUAGGGAGAAGCUGGGGGUAUGGCAUAUGUGCUUGUGCUAUUGUGCUAGGCCUAAUCGUUUAUCUAUCGGGUACAAGGCAAUAUCGGUUCAAGAAAUUAGCAGGUAGUCCAUUGACACAGAUUGUCACUGUAUUUGUAGCUGCUUGGAGGAAAAGGCACCUGAAAAUGCCUUCAGAUCAAUCAUUUCUUUCCGAUGUCGAUUUUGUUGAGGAGGGAGACAAGAACAAGCAAAAGCUUCCCCACAGCAAGCAAUUCCAUUUCCUGGAUAGAGCAGCAAUCAAGGAUCCAAAAAUCAACGUGGUGAGCAAGUGGAAUCUAUCAACCCUAACAGAUAUAGAGGAAGUAAAAUUGGUACUUAGGAUGUUACCUAUUUGGGCUACCACUAUUAUGUUUUGGACAGUUUAUGCCCAGAUGACUACAUUUUCUGUGGCACAAGCAACCACCAUGGACCGUCACAUUGGAAAAUCUUUCCAAAUACCGGCAGCCUCCCUAACAGUGUUCUUUGUUGGGAGCAUUCUCUUGACUGUGCCAAUUUAUGACAGGGUUGUAGCUCCAAUUGCUAAAAAGGUUCUUAAGAACCCAUAUGGGAUGACCCCAUUGCAACGCAUAGCUGUGGGUUUGGUCUUCUCCAUGUUUUCAAUGAUAGCAGCAGCAUUGAGUGAAUUAAAGAGGUUGAGAGCCGCAAGAUCAAAUGGUUUGACCAACGAUCCAACGGCAGCGAUUCCAUUAAGUGUGUUCUGGCUGGUCCCACAGUUUUUCUUUGUGGGGUCUGGUGAAGCAUUGACAUAUAUUGGACAGCUUGAUUUCUUUCUAAGGGAGUGUCCUAAAGGAAUGAAGACAAUGAGCACAGGGCUGUUUUUGAGCACUCUUUCACUAGGAUGUUUCUUCAGCUCUUUGUUGGUUAGUAUAGUACACAAGGUGACAGCGAACGAGCCAUGGCUAGCAGAUAAUCUGAACCAAGCCAAGCUUUAUGAUUUCUACUGGCUAUUGGCCAUUUUGAGUGCUUUAAAUUUUCUGAUGUUUUUGGUUUGUUCUAAAUGGUAUGUCUAUAAGGACGAGAGGCUAGCUGAGUUAGGCAUUGAGCUGGAAGAACUUGAUGAGCCUGCAAUGCAAGAAAUUCUAGUGUAGGUCUUAAUAAUUAAUAGUUGUACAUACUAUGAUCACAUAGAAUAAUGUUCUUGUAAUGCAUCAAAGGAUUUUCUUUUUCCUUUUUUUUUUC